AUGGCGCCGACUCCGUAUGAUCCAGAGGAGUCCGGCGUGCUUCGGCCCAGAGCGCUGCGCGCACUUGACCAUCAUGUCGACCGUCCGCACCUGGCCAUGGAUAGGACACCGUCCAGCAUCUCAAGCGGUCGUUCAACGCCUGUACCGGAAGACGCUCCUCCAUCUGUCCACUCGAUAUCAAUUGUCCGGAAGCAAGUGCGCGCUCAGGCGAAGCAGCGCAUCUUUCACAAUAUCGAUUACCAACCACGUCUCUCCCAUUUUGAUCCCAAGAGUGAUCACCAUUGGACGUGGACAGCCCAGGUCUUCUUGACUCUACACACUCUGACGUUCUUGAUGAAAAUGCACUCUUAUGCCUUUUAUAACGGGCAUUUGAGCGAGACAGAGCGCCGACUAUCGGCCUUGGAUGAGCCAGAAGUCAAGCCCUUACCAGUUGCAGUCCAUUACCCAAGAUCUCCAAUCGUGGCUAAUGGAGCAAGUAUGGCAAAUACUGAGACAGACUCUACUGAUACGGAAAUUGACCCCAAACAGCAGGUUAACAAGUUGCGAGCUGAUCUAGCAACAGAGCUUACCUCCCCGCUUGGCCAAGUUACAUACCCUCAAAACCUCACUUAUAGCAACUACCUCGAGUUUAUGUUGUUCCCAACUCUCUGUUAUGAGCUGGAAUACCCUCGAACAACGAAUACCCGCUGGAUUGAGGUCCUGAUUAAAGCUGCUGCAGUGUUUGGUUGCAUUUUCCUACUAACACUAACAAGCGAAGAAUUUAUCGUGCCUGUGCUUAGCGAUUCUGCAUUGAGGCUUCGUGUUAUCUCGUCACACUUUGAGAGAGGUUUAAUCCUCGCCGAAACGAUCAGCAUGCUCCUGUUUCCGUUCAUGGUAACAUUCUUGCUUGUCUUCCUCGUAAUUUUCGAAUAUAUAUUGGGUGCAUUCGCCGAAAUCACACGGUUUGCAGAUAGACGAUUCUAUUCUGAUUGGUGGAAUUCCUGUGACUGGCUGGAAUUUUCGAGAAAAUGGAAUCUCCCCGUCCACCACUUCCUUCGACGCCACGUCUAUUUCUCUUCCCUCACCCGCUUCUCUGUGCCAGGGGCAAUGGCCAUCACCUUUCUAGUCAGCUCUAUUGCGCAUGAACUGGUGAUGGUUUGCAUUACAAAGAAAUGGCGAGGAUACGGCUUUUUCGCGAUGAUGAUGCAGCUGCCCAUUGUAGCAGUCCAGAGGUCGAAGUUUGUUAAGGGGCGAAAGACUUUCAAUGUAAGCUAUGUAUCGUCUUCAAGUGGAAAUCUCCUAUUCUGA